GCACCACUCACACACGCAUACGCCAAGAAACCUGCCCGAUCGACGCGAGCCUACGGCUUUACCGACAGCGUCGCGUCCUUCACUCGUCCUCAAGCCACCAAAUGGAAUACGUGCUAUUUAACCUAUAAUUUUUUUACACCUUGUAGUUUUCUGGUUAUUAAACCAAUUUUUUAUUGAAAAGGUAUUAGCACUCAUUUCUUCGCCAAAUCAUCCCAGCAUUCAAGUACCGGCGUUCACAUUUUUGGACCUACGACCCCGGAUAUUUUACCAGCGACGAACAAAGAACAAAGGAAAUACUUCGCUGACGUGAUUUUGGCUGUUACUACGUGGAAGUUUUCAAUCAUUUCAAACAUCGGAUUCAUUGGAAAUAGGACGAGUCAUCCGAUUUUAUACACAUCUACGACUUCUACGUGGCUUGAAGAUAAUUUCUACGAGGACAAAUACGAUUGGGAGAAGAAAUCUGAGAGUGAGAGUUGGGAGACAAGUAGAUCGACACAGGGAAAUAUCAUUUAUAAGUUAAGUUCUAAGUGAGACUGGCAAACCGUAAGUUCGUUCCGUUUGUUCGUUCCGAAAUCAUUAAUUUCAAACACAAUCCUUUAUUUGUGUAUUUACUUCCCAAUUAAAUUACAUAUUUGUCCCGUAACCCUUAUUCUGCAAUUAACGUCCACGAAUCCGUUAUUUUGUGGUAUCGUUAAAAACGUAUUUCACGUUAUACUUGCAAAUCCUUCAUUUUGCAAGUCUUCUCACAUUCAUAUACCUUUUAGUAACGUUAAGGUUAAUAACGUUAACGGAUAUUUCUUAAUAACGCUCACAAAUCCAUUAUUUUGUGUUGUCGUUACAUUCGUAUUACACGUUUCUUGCAAAUCCUUCAUUUUGCAAGACAUAUCAUAUUCAUAUACCUUUUAGUAACGUUAAGGUUAAUAACGUUAACGGAUAUUUCUCAUUAACGCUCACAAAUCCUUCAUUUUGUGUUGCCGUCACAAACGUAUUGCACGUUAUUCGCAAAUCCUUUAUUUUGCAAAUUAUUCAUACUUAUACAUACUUAAAUACGUUAACGAUCCGUUAUUCUGUUAACGAGUUAUUUCUAAUUGCACUUAGCAACAAUAUUUCCUAUUCGCAUUUUCAUCAUAAACAGGUUAAUUCUGUUAUCUUUGCAAUCACUUCAUUUACGCUUCGUGCAUUAUUGCUCAUAUUUUCCUCAUUGUUAAACAAAGGUUGGAAUACCUUUUGUUCGUUAAUAAUUAACAUAAUUCUAAUAAAUUGCAUUUCAGAGUGUUCUAGUUUUUUGGCAUCGCUUCGUUGUGAGUGUGAACUGUAUAUAACAACGUACUUAAAUAGUGAUAUUUCACGUGUUCUAGUGCAUUCCGAUAUCCGCGCUGUUGGGCUGGCGCCUGGCUGGCUCGGACACCGCGCGCUCGCUGCGAGCUGUUGCUACGCGCUUGCACCGCUUGACUUUUUGCAGUUUUUACGCGCACCCUCACUCCGCUGCUUUUGUAUUAAUUUAAGUAAUCGUUUCAAAUCUUUAUUUUUGAACUUAAUUGCAUUGCAACUGUUGUUUUUCUAGCAACUCAUUUCAUCGCAUUGGUUCGUAUAAAUUACAUUUUAGCUAUAAACAAGCUGUCAGUGCCAACUUACACUGACACAUAUACUCAAUUAAUUAACUCAUUAUUUUGCCUUUAAUUUAUAAUUUUUAAAAUGGUUGAUAUUAAACCUUUAAUUAAAAGGCGUGCCUCAUUCAAAGCUAAGCUUACGCUGUUUGAAAGCCAUCUAACAACUGUCGAAAGUUGUGAUCGCUUGAGUAGAUUGCAAAUUUCUGAAUUAAAUCACCGUUUAUCAAAAAUUGAAGAAAUAUAUUCAGAAUUUGACUCCGUUCAGUGUGAUAUAGAGAACGAAUUGGAAAUUCCAGAUGAGCAGUAUAAAGAACGCGAGGCUUUCGAGAGCAAGUACUUCGGGCUCGUCGCGCGCGCGCGCGAGCUGCUGGCGGCGGCCGCGCCGGCGCCGGGCGCCUCUGCGGGCGGCCACGGCUCGGAGACAGGUUCUUGUAGCUCUGACCCUGCGGCGAUACCUACUCUCUCACGAUAUAUGAGGAUUCAACAAUUAAAAGCCCAUUUCUGGUCCCGAUAUUAUAUAGAAUAUAUUACAGAGCUCCAGAAAAGACAGAAAUGGCGCAAGCAAGGCCAGCAACUCCAAUUAGGAGAGAUGGUGCUGGUGAAAGAUGACCGGCUGCCUCCCAACCGAUGGCUGCUGGGGCGCGUGACGCGCCUCUACCCCGGCUCCGACGGCGUGACCCGCGUCGCCGACGUACACACCACCUCGGGGACUCUUCGACGAGCCUUCAACCGACUGUGCCCGCUACCAGUCAUAGACACGAACUUCGUUCCUGAGGCCGCAACAUGUUAACGCCUAGCAUGUGUUUGUGCAAAACUAUAUAUGAUGCACCACUCACACACGCAUACGCCAAGAAACCUGCCCGAUCGACGCGAGCCUACGGCUUUACCGACAGCGUCGCGUCCUUCACUCGUCCUCAAGCCACCAAAUGGAAUACGUGCUAUUUAACCUAUAAUUUUUUUACACCUUGUAGUUUUCUGGUUAUUAAACCAAUUUUUUAUUGAAAA